CGACUGCGCAAAUGCGCAAACACACAUUCUCACUUUUUGAGUUGCAUACCACAGCAUUAAAGACAGACAACAUCACUUCCUUGAUUUCACGGGACAGAGAGCGAGUCUCCUCCCACUCGAGUGGCAUAUUGGUGAGAAAAAGCCUCGUUUGUCUCACAGGAAGAAGUUGAAAACAUGAAGAAACGCGACAGUUAGAGGAAUCCCUUCUGAAAAGUCACGGGCUCAGCACAUCUCUUCUCCGCGCGGCCGGAUUAAAAUGUGUUACUGUCAAAGCGAGGAAACAAGUGGGCUGAGACACAUUGCGCUGGAUCAGAGGGUUUAAAGAAUCAGAAAAACUAUUGAAACAUUUGCAGAUAUGUCGGAACACAGGUUUUGUUUCCUUCACAUUGGGGAUAUCGUGUCUCUGUAUGCAGAGGGAACUGUCAACGGAUUUAUCAGCACUUUAGGGUUGGUGGAUGACCGAUGUGUGGUGCAACCUGAGGCUGGAGAUCUUACAAACCCACCGAAAAAAUUCAGAGAUUGUCUCUUCAAGGUGUGUCCUAUGAAUAGGUACUCCGCACAGAGACAGUUCUGGAAGGCAAAACAGGGGAAACAUGGGAACAACACACAGGGAGACCUCUUCAAGAAAUUACAGCAUGCAGCGGAACUGGAGCAGAAACAGAACGAUACUGAGAAUAAGAAAUUACUGGGAGAGAUUGUCAAAUAUAGUCGGGUUAUACAGCUUCUCCAUAUUAAGAGUAAUAAGUACCUGACAGUGAAUAAGCGUCUUCCGGCCCUGCUGGAGAAGAACGCGAUGCGCGUAUCUCUGGACCCUUUGGGAAAUGAGGGCUCCUGGUUCUGCAUCCAACCUUUCUGGAAGCUACGCAGUGAAGGAGACAAUGUGGUGCUUGGAGAUAAAGUGGUUCUAAUGCCUGUAAACGCAGGGCAGCCUCUCCAUGCCAGCAACAUCGAACUCCUGGAUAACCGUGGCUGCAAAGAGGUUAACGCUUUGAACUGCAACACCAAUUGGAAGGUCACUCUUUUCAUGAAAUUCAGUGAAUACAGAGAUGACAUAUUAAAAGGGGGGGAUGUGGUGAGGUUGUUUCAUGCCGAGCAAGAAAAGUUUCUUACUUGUGAUGGGUACAAGAAGCAGCAGUACGUCUUCUUACGAACCACUCUCCGCCAAUCAGCAACCUCCGCCACCAGUUCAAAAGCUCUUUGGGAAGUGGAGGUUGUACACUAUGACCCCUGCAGAGGAGGAGCCGGCCAGUGGAACAGCCUGUUUCGCUUCAAACACCUCGCCACAGGCCACUACCUUGCAGCAGAGGCGAAUCCUGAUUUUAAAGAACGUACUGACAGUAUCAGCACCAAAAACGAGACCAACAAAGGCACUUUGUUAUCUAAAAAGAAGUGGCAGGCUGACAAGAUCCCUUACACCCUUGUGUCAGUGCCCCAUGGCAAUGACAUCGCCUCUCUUUUUGAACUGGAUGCCACCACCUUACAGCGGGCAGACUGCCUAGUUCCCAGGAAUUCCUAUGUCAGACUCAGGAACUUGUGCACAAACACUUGGGUGACCAGUACUAACAUUCCCAUUGAUGUUGAGGAGGAACGACCCGUUAUGCUCAAGAUCGGCACCUGCAAGUUGAAGGAGGACAAGGAGGCUUUUUCCAUUAAUUCUGUCCCCAUAUCAGAGGUCCGAGAUUUGGACUUUGCCAACGAUGCCAACAAGGUCCUGGAGAUGUAUGUGCGUAUAUUGGGCGACAACAAUUUUGCAGCAGCGAAUGAACGCAGGUUUAUUAUUAAACUUUUGGAGGAUCUGAUCAUCUUUGUAUGUGAUGUGCCGAACAACGGACAGGAUGUGUUGUCUGUGGUCAUUUCGAACCCCAACAGAGAGAGGCAGAAACUCAUGAGAGAGCAGAACAUCCUGGCACAGAUCUUUGGAAUUCUUAAAGCCCCAUUUUCUGAGGUUAAAGACUCAUCCAUGCCGAAGCUGGAAGAUAUGGGGGAGCAGCGGAACGCUCCGUUUAAGUACAUGCUACAAUUGUGUUACAGAAUUCUGCGCCAUUCCCAACAAGAUUACCGCAAGAAUCAGGAGUACAUAGCCAAGAAUUUUUCGGUCAUGCAGGCUCAAAUCGGCUAUGAGAUCCUGGCCGAAGACACAAUCACUGCUCUCCUGCACAACAACCGCAAGCUGUUAGAAAAACACAUCACUGCACGUGAGAUUGAGACCUUUGUCAAACUUCUGCGCAGGAACCGAGAGCCCAGGUUUCUGGAUUAUUUGUCUGACCUUUGCGUCUCCAACAAAACAGCCAUUCCUGUCACUCAGGAGCUAAUUUGUAAAUUCAUGCUGAACCCCACCAACGCAGACAUCCUCAUCCAGACCAAACUGAUCACACACACAGAAACCUCUCUGGAGUCAUCUUUAAUCCAGGAUGAUGGUGAUGAUGAAGAGGUGUGGCUAUACUGGAUUGAUAACCACAAAGAGCCUCAUGGGAAGUCCAUCCGCCAUCUGGCCCAGGAUGCCAAGGAUAGAACAAAAUCGGAAUAUGACACCAUCACCUACUAUAGGUGUCAGCUCAAUCUUUUUGCUAAAAUGUGCCUGGACCGGCAGUAUCUGGCCAUCAAUCAGAUUUCCAAUCAGCUGCCAGUAGAUCUAAUCCUGCGCUGCAUGUUUGAUGACUGCCUGCCUUACAACCUUCGUGCCUCAUUUUGUCGUUUAAUGCUGCACAUGCAUGUGGACCGCGACCCUCAGGAGGCCGUGGUGCCCGUUCGCUAUGCACGUCUCUGGACUGAGAUACCUUCCAAGAUCUCUGUCAAUGAGUAUGAUUAUGAGUGCAGAGACACAUCCAGAGAGGAGAUGAAGAGAAAGUUUGCCCCUACUAUGCAUUUUGUGGAUGAAUAUCUCCAAGAUGUGGUCAGUCAGCCUGAUCCCUUUGGAGACAGAGAGAAGAAUGAACUGACCCUUGAGGUGGUGCACCUGGCACGUAACCUGGUCUACUUUGGCUUCUACCGCUUUAAUGAGCUGCUCUGCCUCACGCGCACCCUGCUGGCCAUCCUGGACAUUGUCCAACCCACUUCCACAUUUAUGUUCAAACUCAACAAGAGCCCUGAGGGAGGUAAUAAUGUCAUGCGUACCAUCCACGGUGUGGGUGAGAUGGUGACUCAGAUGGUUCUGAGCAGAGGCUUGAUGAUGCCCCACUGUCUCCCUGAUGCUCAGCCAAUCCACGGAAAGCAAAUCUGUCUCUCUGACAACGAGAACGUCAUGGUGAUGGACACCAAGCUCAGGAUUAUUGAGAUUCUGCAGUUCAUUCUGAAUGUGCGACUCGAUUACCGCAUCACCUAUCUGCUGUCUAUCUAUAAAAAAGAGUUUGGCGACCAGACUUUGGACACUUCUGUUUCAGUGGCAGAAGUUCCUGUCAUGGCUGAGCCAAACAUUGAAGAGAUUGCGAAGAAAGCAGAGAAUAUGUUUUCUGGAAGUGCUAAAGAGAGGAGCUCGGUGGACCUCGAUGAUGAAGGUGGUCAGACGUUUCUGCGGGUGCUUAUUCACCUCAUCAUGCAGGACUACCCUCCACUGGUCUCCGGCUCUCUUCAGCUCAUCUUCAAACACUUCAGCCAGAGAGCCGAAGUUCUGCAGGCCUUCAAACAGGUCCAGUUGCUGGUUUCUGAGGAGGAUGUGGAGAAUUAUAAGAAGAUUAAGGCAAGCCUGGACCAGCUACGUCUGACAGUGGAAAAGUCUGAGCUGUGGGUCGAGAAGAGUGGAGGUUAUGGCAAUGAAGACAAUGCUGAGAAUCAAAACAAAGAGCAGAAUUUGGAGGAAGCAGGUAUCUUAAGCCCAGUGCAGGAUGGGAGCGGUAAACCUCAAAUAGACAGCAACAAAGCCAACAACUACAAAAUUGUCAAAGAGAUCCUGCUGAGUCUCAGUAAACUCUGCUCUCCCGGUAAGAAGAUCCGUGUGCAGCAGCAGAGGCUGCUGAAGAACAUGGGAGCUCACACUGUAGUGCUGGACCUCCUCCAGAUCCCAUAUGAGAAGGGGGACGAAAAGAUGGACGAGAUCAUGACUCUAGCCCACACUUUCCUUCAGUACUUCUGCAGAGAUAAUCCUCAGAACCAGGCGCUGCUGCACAAACACCUCAACCUCUUCCUCACACCUGGGCUUCUGGAGGCAAAAACUAUGUGCUACAUCUUCAGAAACAACUACCACCUGUGCAAUGAGAUCAGCGACCGCGUGGUGCAUCACUUCGUGCAUUGCAUCGAGACCCACGGCCGUCACGUGCAGUACCUGCGCUUCCUCCAAACCAUUGUGAAAGCCGAUGGCAAAUACGUGAAGGAAUGUCAAUGCAAAGUCAUGAAUGAGCUGGCGAACGGAGGAGAAGACGUGUUGGUUUUCUACAAUGACCGUGCCUCCUUCCCUGUGCUGCAAAAUAUGAUGUCGUCUGAGCGAGAUGAGAACGAUGCUCUGGAGUACCACAUCACUCUGGUGGAGCUGCUGGCAGCCUGCACCGAGGGCAAGAACGUUGAUACAGAGCUCAAGUGCAACUCACUUCUGCCGCUUGAUGAUAUUGUCAAAGUGGUCACGUACGAAGGCUGUAUUCCAGAGGUAAAAAUAGCAUACGUAAAUUUUGUGAAUCACUGCUAUGUGGACACCGAGGUGGAGAUGAAGGAGAUCUACACCAGCAAUCACAUUUGGAAACUCUUCAGCACUUUCCUUGCAGACAUUAGAAAGGUGACUGACAGCUCCACAGACAGGAAGCAAGCUGAUACAUCCCUCGAAAAAUACGUCACUGAUACCAUCAUGGCCAUCGUCAAGGGCUUCUUUGGCUCACAGUUCUCUGUCAGCAACUCAAACCUGCAGGCCCAUCAAUCAACUUUCAUUGAUCUGCUGAAGUCUGCUUGCAAACUCUACAACUGCACCUGGCUCAACUCCCUGCAGAAGACUAACAUUGAGGGUUGCAUCAAAACCAUAGCUGACGUCGCUAAGAGCCGGGCCAUCCCCAUUCCAGUGGACCUGGACGGUCAGGUCAAUACCCUGUCACUGAAGACACAUACUAGCAUGGUGCAGCGUGCAGUGAAAGACUGGAAGCUGUCAACCCGUGGCCGACCCCGCAAGGAGCCCUUUGGAGCCCAUGAUUACCGGAUCAUUGAGAAACUACAGGGAGUCAUUGUGUAUCUGGAGGAGCAGUUUAGUCCACAGGUGCAGGCAGAGUUUUCUGUAUUAGUAGACGUGCUGCAAAGUCCAGAGAUGCUGUUUCCUCAGCUCCGCAGUGAGGAUGGAGCCUUCAUGUCUAAGCUCAUCAAACACACCAAGAAACUGAUGGAGAAAGAGGAGAAGCUGUGUAUUAAGAUCCUGCAGACCCUGCGAGAGAUGCUGGAUAGGAAAGAAAUAUUCGAGGAAAAGGGUAACUCACUGAGGAAAAGUCUCCUUACACACUACUUUGGCAACCAGCGGCCCCACACCAAAGCCCUGGAGUUCAGCAGCGGGAACAGUUCUUCCUCUGGAGGUGGUUCUCCUGGACAGGACUCUGAUAAGCCAGGCACUAGUGUAACAGACAUCCAAUGUGCGCUGGACAACGUGGGGGCAUCCGAGCUCGUCAUCGACCUUAUCGUCAGCACUAAGAACGACCGUAUCUUUGAGGAGAGCAUUUUACUGGGCAUUGCACUCCUGAGAGGAGGAAAUACACAGAUUCAGAACUCUUUCUACAAUCAGCUGCACAAGCAGAAGAAGUCUGAGAAGUUCUUCAAGGUCUUCUAUGAUCGAAUGGAGCUGGCGCAGAAAGAGAUCCGCUCCAGUGUUUCAGUCAACAUGUUUGAGAUCAGCUGCAGGAAGAGAGAGGAGGAGGGCGAGGGCUCUGGAAUCAGACAUAAAAAAGUUCGAGACUCCUUGCACCUCAGAGAAGACAUACGGGGUCAGCUUAAAGAUGCCUCCUCUGUCACCUCCAAAGCCUACAGCACCUUUCGCCGGGAUGUGGACCCCGAGAUGGAGGCGAUGGGGUCGGGAGUGGACGGGAUGGAGGAGGUGGAGGAGGAGACCCAGAUGAGCCAGGCCAUCACCAUCAUGAAACCCAUCCUACGCUUCCUUCAGCUGCUCUGUGAGAAUCAUAACAGGGACUUGCAGAACUUUCUGCGAGAUCAGAACAACAAAACCAAUUAUAACCUGGUGUGCGAGACGCUGCAGUUUCUCGACUGUAUCUGUGGCAGUACAACGGGAGGUCUGGGACUGCUGGGGCUCUACAUAAAUGAGAGGAAUGUGGACCUGGUCAAACAGACACUAGAGACCAUCACAGAGUACUGCCAGGGUCCUUGCCACGAAAACCAGUCAUGCAUAGCCAGGCAUGAGUCAAACGGCAUUGACAUUAUCAUCGCUCUCAUUGUGAAUCCAAUUGAUCCGCUGGGGAAGAGCCGACUUGACCUUGUGCUCGAGCUGAAGAACAAUGCAUCUAAACUACUUCUGGCCAUCAUGGAGAGUCGUCAUGACAGCGAGAAUGCAGAUAAGAUCCUGUACAAGAUGAGACCCAAUGAACUGGUUGACGUGAUCAAGGAGGCUUACGUUCAAGGAGAAGAGAGUGAGAUUGAUCAAGAGACAUCAGAUCAGAUCAGACCUAAAGAUGUUGGCCACAACAUCUACAUCCUGGCCCAUCAGUUGGCACGUCACAGAAAAAACCUCCAGCAGAGUUUGAAACCUGGCCCAGACCCUACCAUAGAAGGAGAGGCAGCGCUUCUAUACUAUGCCAACCACACCGCUCAGAUAGAGAUCGUCCGUCAUGACCGCACAAUGGAGCAGAUCGUGUUUCCUGUGCCCAACAUCUGCGAGUACUUAACAGAAGAAUCAAAAGUGCGCGUGUUCACCACAACAGAGCGAGACGACCAGGGCAGCAAGGUCAAUGACUUCUUCCAGCAGUUUGAUGACCUCUACAAUGAGAUGAGGUGGCAGAAGAAAAUAAGAAAUAAUGCACCACUUUUCUGGGUGUCAAAACAUAUAUCUCUAUGGGGUAGUAUCUCCUUUAACUUGGCUGUGCUCAUCAACUUGGCUGUCGCUCUUUUCUACCCAUUUGGAGAUGAUGGAGAUGAAGGUGUCUUGCCACCAUUCCUGUCCAUCUUGCUUUGGGUGGCAGUGGUCGUUAGCACCUUCACGUUGUUUGUUCUUCCCCGGCGUGGAGGUAUCCUGGCGUUCCUGGUCACUGUCAUCUUCCGUUCUAUUUACACGCUGGGCUUAGGACCCACACUGCUGCUUCUGGGGGCCGCCAACCUGCUGAAUAAAAUCGUGUUCCUGGUUAGUUUUGUGGGGAACCAGGGCACGUUCACACGAGGGUACAAAGCAGUUAUCAUGGACGUCUUCUUCCUUCUGCAUGUCAGUUUCGUCAUCGUUUGCAUGCUGGGUCUGUUCGUACAUGAGUUCUUCUACAGUAUCCUGUUGUUUGAUCUUGUGCGAAGAGAGGAAACGCUCCUAAACGUGAUUCGGAGUGUGACGAAGAACGGCCGCUCCAUCUUCCUCACAGCUGUUCUGGCUAUCAUCCUGGUCUACCUCUUCUCCAUUGUGGGCUUCCUCUUCUUUAAAGAUGACUUCCUCAUGGAAGUCGACCGUCUCCCUGCCUUAAAGAAGAUGAAAGUGAAGGAGUCUACGAGCUGCCAGAGUGAGCCUUGUCCUAACUCCCCUUUUAGUUCUAACCAUGUGGAAGAAGAGGAUGAGGAUAGUACAGAGCGUGUGUGUGACACCCUGCUGAUGUGCAUCAUUACGGUUCUGAACCACGGGCUGAGGAACGGAGGAGGAAUCGCAGAUGUUCUGCGCAAGCUCUCCAAAGAGGAGCCCAUGUUCCCGGCACGUGUCGUGUUUGACCUCUUGUUCUUCUUCAUUGUCAUCAUCAUUGUGUUGAACCUCAUCUUUGGUGUGAUCAUUGACACCUUUGCUGACCUGAGGAGUGAGAAACAGAGAAAGGAAGAAAUUCUGAAGACCACCUGCUUCAUUUGUGGCCUUGAGAGAGACAAGUUUGAUAACAAGACUGUGUCGUUUGAGGAGCACAUCAAGUCAGAGCACAACAUGUGGCACUAUUUGUACUUCCUGGUGUUGGUGAAGGUGAAGGACCCAACCGAGUACACGGGACCCGAGAGCUACGUGGCCCAAAUGAUUAAGGAGAAGAAUCUGGACUGGUUUCCACGGAUGCGGGCCAUGUCUUUGGUAAGCUCAGAGGGAGAGAGCGAACAGAAUGAGAUCCGAUUGCUGCAGGAAAGGCUGGACAUCACCGUCAGUCUCGUGGAUCAGCUGUCUUCCCAGCUGUCUGAGCUUAAAGAACAGAUGACAGAGCAAAGGAAGAAUAAACAGAGACUGGGCUUUCUGGGACCAUCACAGAUGAACCAUCAAACAACCCCUGCGCACUGAGGAUGGACUCAUCGCACCUCUCCACACACACUCACACACAGGUGCUGAUGUUCACACCAUGAACAACACUACACUCAUGGUGAUAUCACACUUUACAUCAUGACAGGACACUUGUCCAGUUAGAUCCUACAGUCCUACAGACUUGAGCGUCAUUUUUGUAAGUGUUUUCUCAUUUAGAUCUUAUAGACGGAGGGCGUUUGGAAACACACAGAGUGUGUUUGUUUGGAAAAUCAUGAACUCUAAACAUAUGAGGGCUUAUGCCAGAUGACUCAGACAGUCUUUGGGAGGGCUGUCUGCCUUUUUUCUUGUUUUUUUUUUUUUAAGCAUCAAUUAUUAACUCACGUUUUAAUUGUCCUGUCCAUUACUUUUGCUGUACUUCAAAGUGGACUUUAGUCUGUGCUGGAAGAACUGGAGAGAUAAAGUGCCUCUAAACAAUUUAAUCACUGUGUAUAAUUCAAAUUCAGCAUUACUUUAAUGAAAGAUAUAAGACUGGAAAACAUUCUCAUGUCAUAAUCAGACAAUCAUGUGACCGCUGGAAUCUGUUUGUGUUUCCUUCUACGAAGACCUAAACGCUAGUCUUAACUCUUAAAUGAUGAUCAUUUUUACUGUGUAUUUUAUGUUGGAUAUUUGUGCUUGCCUUAUAUAAAGUUGUACAGAAAAUAAUAAAGAAUUUAUAUUUGGUAUUACAA